UGGUGCCGAAACCCGGGAAACUGACCAAGCCAUCGUCCGCACCAUCGAAGACCCCUUGGAAACGAGGAGGAUUCAGAACUGCAGGCAGGAUGAAGACAAUCCGUUCUGGGUUCCGGAAAGACUCAUUCGUAAGAUGGGGAACCCUGAUGAUAAUGAUCAUGGCUCAAGCCUGGAGGGCAACGGGAGAAAGAAGAUGGGGAAUCAUGUCGACCUUUCCCCUCCCCAUGCCGGUGAUGUAUAAUGCACAAGUGUUUCCUAGAUUUUUUUCACCAAUAAAGAGCUAGGGCUAGCUUAUUUGCCCCAAGAUAAUCAGAUUCAUGCAGUACAAGAAAAUCGCUCCCUCUCCUUAAGAGGAAGCUUAUGCUUUCAUUUUUCCAAAGUAAAUGAUAAUAAAAAUAGUAUUAACUGUGUUAAUUUGAGGAAUCAAUCGGCUGCCUGGCAAGGCGAGGCUAGUUGGGGAACUGAUUUAGAGAUUGUAGCCAAUGCAUCCGAUGUUGGGCGCUGCCGGUUAGUACUAAUGCUACUCCCCAUGAUCAGCCAAAGUUAGCCCCAUUUUGUAAAGGGAUUCAAUCAGAAGAGUAUAUCCUGCCUUGGACUGAAUGUCAAUCUAGGUAUCAACACUGGGUAGGCCCUAAUACCUUCACUUUCUCACCCAGCCUAGGGCAUCAUUUUUUGAAUAUGACACCCUUGACAACUUGGGUCAAUCCCUUUGACGGAUUUGACUCCUAUGGUAAUGAUAGGAGGAGGAGCUGGGGAAAAAGGACAAAUCUCUUACAAUUGGAAGGGCAAAUUUUCAGGGGGAUCUGGCUCCGGCACUUGGCAAGCUUCAGAUAUGAAGCAUAAAGAAUUUAUUAGAAAAGAAUAUGCCCCAUCACCAGUUUGUGUUUGGCCCCCCUUUUUAUGGAUUGUAAGCAAUAAUUUUAUAGGUGAGAAUGAGGAAUUAAGAUGUGAUACCAAGAGCUGCUUUUAUACAUUAUGCUGGGAUGCCACGAAAUAUUCUUAUGCUGUGGUGACUAGAAUGCCGAGGUUUGUGCCCGUGCCGGUGAAAGCCCCGAGUAGCUUGUCUCUGCUACGCACAAAAAGAGAUUUCGGCAUCUCGGCCAUAAUUGUAGCCAUUGUGGCCACUACAGCAGUGGCUGCCUCUGUGACCGCCUCGGCAAUGGCCCUAUCCACAUCUGUACAAACGGCAGAUACUCUUGAUGGUCUUUCAUCAUCAGUAUCAGUGGCGCUCGACCGACAAAGUUCGGCAAAUACUCAAAUUCAGGGAGGGUUGAUGCUGGUUAAUCAGCGCAUCGACCUGGUUCAAGAACAAUUGGAUAUUUUAUGGCAAUUGGCGCAGUUAGGAUGUGAAUAUAAAAUGCCUGGACUUUGUGUUACAUCAAUACAAUAUGAAAAUUUUAUUAGAGCGGCUAAUUUGUCCAAAAGUCUUUCUCAGUUCAUUUUACAGAAUUGGACAUUCGAAUUUGAACAGAUACUGCAGGACUUGAGAACAGCGAUCCACCAGAAUUGAUGUCUCCCUACAAGAAGGACUGUCGUCAUGGAUCUCUUCUGUCUUCUCUUAUUUCAAGGAAUGGGUGGGGGUGGGACUCUUCGGGAUGUUUCUCUGCUUCGGGAUGUUUCUCUGCUUCGGAAUGGCAAUUUUAUUCUUUUUGUUUUGCAAAGUGUUCAAAAAGGCAAAAACAGAUAAAGUCAUGAUUACACAGGCACUCGCGGCUCUAGAGUAUGGGGCCUCGGCGGAGGUCUGGCUCACCAUGUUAAAGCGUGGAGAAUAGCCUUUGAUUAUCCCCAUUUCAUUCUGGCUUUCCCUGUCACCUUGGCAGACUCCGGCUAUAUUUCUCUGCCCCUGCUUCAAUAGAUCAGCCUUUGCACCUCUGAGUCCGAAAUGUUUUGGACAUUUGCACCAGAGAAGGUGAUCAUUGAUAUUGCAGCCUUUGCACUCCGCUGAGCUCGUCUCAUUGCACGCGGAAAGGUGCUAUAUGGGGUAUAUUCAUCUGUUUCGAACCCUGAUGGGCUGCAGAGCCUGAUGGUGAUCAACGGAUGUAGGCCAUUCAUCUGGUUUCUGUCUCUGGUGACGAGGUGGCCAUUAGCUGUCGGCAGAACAGCCCUUGCACCCUCAGCGACUUUGUUGCAUUGCACGAGGAUGGGUGUUUUAGCCUAUGCAGCCCAGUUGGGACACUUUUGUGUGCUUUUAUUAAAAUAAAAAGGGGGAGAUGUUGGGCGCUGCCCUGGAACCACGCCAUGGCGAGAUGGCGCUGACAUCCGCCUGACAGUUGCAAUGACAA